AUGUCGGCGCAGGAGCAGCUUGCGCAUGAUGAGUGUCAAGAGAAGAGGGAAGGCAUCACGUUCCACAUCUACAUGCGCAACAUGUCUACUUGGGGACCAUCGGCGAAGUUGCUCCCCAAGAGGCCUUGCGAUGCGGUCAUCAUCCAGGAGACGCACAUGGACAAGACUGAGUCGAACGACGUACUGGUUGAGUCCGACAAGGCUGGCUACAAAAGCAUGGUGUGCCCAGCGGGUGCGGAGUCCAGUCGGUUUUCUGCAAAAGCUGGGGGUGUUGCCAUGGGGGUAUCGAAGAAGUGGGCCUCUUGGUCACUAAGACACCUUGCGUCCAAUAAGGAGGAUCUGCCAGGGAAAAGAGAGGGCAAUAAUAAGAGCACAGCAGAGCAGAACCAGAUCACGGGCGUCAGGUUCAAGGACAUGGUCGGCAUGCAGGUCCUCUUGAAGGGCGCCCACAUCACCAUCGUGGGCGGCUAUCUCUACAAUGGGCUGGGAGUCACUGGGGCUAAUGUGGAGAAGUUGCGGCACUUAGCAUCGCUGGUGGCAUCUCUUUCCACGCCCUGGGCUAUCUUGUGUGACUGGAAUUUCCCUCCUGAGACGCUUCGCAAGGCAGGAUGGCUCAACCUGGUACAGGGCAAUAUCUUGGUACCAGACAACGUGGAGUACACGUGCGCAGGCGGGCAGGGGACGUUGAUCGAUUACGUGGUAGCGUCAGGCCGCGCUCUGGAGCAUCUCGAUCGAGCGCAUGCUGAUACCGAGAUGGUAGGCGAAGGUGGCAAGGCGCAUUGCGGCAUUGUGCUGGACUUACUCUUAGAAGCCAAGGAGGCGGAAGGCCGAGCGCUGGCACGGAAAGUCAACGUCAGGAAGGUGGUGCCAUCGCCGCCCUUCGCUCGCACGAGGGGCGCUGGAGUGGACCGGUGGGCGCAGAUCGCCUUCUUGCUGGAAGAGUUGGAUAGGGCAUGUGCGAAGAGGGAGUCUCCGAGGAAGCUGCGCAUUCUUAACUCGGCGACCUCGGACACCAUCCGCAGGUGCAAAGAGGAGUGUGCGAAGCUGGCCAGCAGCAUGCACAGGAUGGAGUGCUACUCUCAGUACUUGGCAUUCUCUCAAUGGGCAGAG